CUGUCCUUCAAGACUUAGAAGAGAGCUAUGGUUGGAAGGUACUAUUUAUACUUGUUUCUUCUCCUCUCCAUUACAUCUCAGAUCAUAAAUUCCUCUUCCCAAGUUAAACAAUAUAUUGAGGUUCCUGAAAAUUACAAAGGCUCAUUUCCCUGGUACCUUGGCAAGAUAAUUCUUGCAACAGAUGGUCAAUAUAAUACAGAGCUUGCUGGAAAUGAUGAAGAAAUAUUUGGAGUUGAUCCAGAGUCAGGCUUUCUUUAUGCCCUCAAACCAUUUGAUCGUGAGAGGAAGGCAUCCUAUACGCUCCAGGUAACCCUGAGAAAAGGUGUGGAGGAGGAGAUAUUAUCCCAGAUGGUCACUAUUCAUAUAAUGGUAAAAGAUGAGAAUGACAAUAUGCCUGUCUUUACAGAGAACACAUUCUAUGGAAUUGUAAGCAAAGGAACAAAGCAAGGAGUUGCUUUUAUGCAUGUUAAUGCAACAGAUUUAGAUGAUUCCUCAACACCCAAUGCAGACUUGCGUUACAAAUUGAUCUCUCGUUACCCUGCUAGAUCCUAUGAAAAUAUGUUUCAGGUAGAUCCAAAGACAGGAGCAAUCUCAUUAACAGAGCAAGGUGUUUCUUCAUUAUCCAAACUGGAGGUGAAGCAUUUCAAACUUGAAGUCCAGGUCAAAGAUUUCGGAGAUGAACCCAUGGGAUAUACUUCAGUCGCAAACCUGGAAAUCAGUGUUGCAGAGAAUACCUGGAUUGCCGAAAGUCCUGUUCUUCUUCAAGAGAAUCAGAAAGGUGGCUACCCUCGGAUCAUUUCCGAGGUGAAGUGGAACAGCACUGAACUUCAUUAUUCCCUGAAAGGAGACUUUAGUGGAGAGGUUUUCAGAAUUGAUGAGGAUGGAAAAAUUUACAUCAUGAGUGAACUGGAUAGAGAAACACAAGCAGAGUACCAGAUUGAGGUCUCUGCUAUGAAUGAUGAAGACAUUCCAUAUGCCGAUCAUUUACUGAUAGUUAUCAAAGUCAUUGAUGAAAAUGAUAAUACACCGACCUUCCCACAGGACACAUACCAUGUAGAUGUUACAGAAAGAACUACAAAAGGUACACUUCUUGUUCAUCUAACAGCUACGGAUGCUGAUGAUAGGAACACCAAGAAUGCCCAGAUAAGGUACAAAAUUACAAGCCAGGAACCAAAACUACCAAAGGAUUUCUUAUUUCACCUUGAGGAACAUACUGGCCAUUUGACACUGCAAGAUGCCAAGUUAAAGGCAAGCAUUGCAAAGAAAUACAAGCUGGAAAUCUCAGCUACUGAUCUUGGGGGAGAUCCUGAAGGUCUGAGCAGUACCUGCUUCGUUUUCAUAAAUGUGAUCGAUGUAAAUGACAGUCCUCCAGUAUUUGUAAAGAACAAGUUUGCUCCAUUUUUAAUUCCAGAGGAUGCACAGACAGGAAUGCUAAUUAUCACACUAACAGCAACAGAUGAAGAUGAACAGAUAGAAAAUAAAAUCAUAGACUUUUAUAUACAGUCAGGAAAUGAGGAUGGAACCUUUGGAAUCACAACUAACCAAGAACAAUCCACAAUGACCAUCUUCCUUGAAAAGGAUCUGGACUAUGAACAAACACAGGAAUACAAUUUGAUUAUUACCGUAAGGAACAGGGCUGAACUGUUAGGAACAGAGUACAGUCCAACUUCUACUGCUGCAAUCCAUAUUAUGGUGGUAAAUGUGAAUGAGGCUCCUGUUUUUACCCAGAAGAAAUAUGAGGUCAGAGUGCCAGAAAGUGCCCAGGCUGGUUCAGUUAUACUCGCUGUUGAGGCUUCUGAUCCUGAUAUAUACCACCAGGCGGGCCUAAUUUACAGCAUUAGGAAUGAUUCCAAGAGAUGCCUGUCCAUCCAAGAGCAUUCUGGGAAGAUUCAGCUUCUUCAUUCUUUGGACAGAGAAGUCUUUGAAGACACAUACACUGUGCAGGUGUUGGUGCAGGAAAAAGGUGACCGUGGUCUAUCAGCUACAGCAGAUGUUGUCAUUUACAUCCUGGAUGUCAACGAUAAUAUCCCAAUUUUGGUGGGAGACUAUUCUGAAGAAUAUUUCUGCACCCCAAGAAGAGACAAUCAGAGAAUCAUCAUCAGGGCUUUUGACCUAGACUCAGUGGAAAACAGUGCCCCGUUUACCUUCACACUUUCAAAUGAGCCAACACUUCAGUCAAGAUGGAGGGUAACGGCACUUAAUGGGACACAUGCCUAUUUAUCAAUGGGGAUUAGUUACCUGGAGCCUAGGGUGCAUUACGUUCUAAUCAUUAUAACAGAUAGUGGGACACCCCCUCAAAGUCAGCAUGUGCACCUUCCAGUGACUGUGUGCCGUUGCAGCACCAGGGGGUUUUGCAAGAUAGAAGUGGAAAAGAUGGAAAACAUGCCAACAAUAUCAUCUGCUCUUGGCAUCUUGCUGGGAACUUUAGGAGCCAUAGGUUUCUUCUUAAUUAUAAUCUUCGCACACAUGUCACUUGGAGCCCCCAGCAAGCAGACUAGAAAAUCUGACACUGUGUAAUGCCUGUUGCUUGAAGAGAAAGAAGUGUGUAAAAUCUGUAAAGCUAUUGGACCAAAAGCUUUUGGCUGUCAGGAAUAAAGCAUUUAUUUUAGCCUUCAGCCUUUUGUGCUUUAAGAAUUCAGACUGUGCAUAUAAUUUCCUUUGUUUUAAUAUCUUUAAAAUAGGGGCCUCAGCUCUGUAACCCCCAUGAACCACAAUUCCCAUAAUCCUUACUUAGCCAGUAGGCUGUAUGUUAAACAUUUAACCUAAAAAACUAUCCAUUUAGUAUCUUUUAUAUGGAUGAAAUUGUUAAUUUAAAUGUGGUUUUAGUUACAUAUCUUUGGAAAGCACCAGGUUUGGACUGGGCCUCCGGAACACUGGGAAAAAACCUGGUGGGCCCCGGCGGCCCAGACCUGAUCCCGCUGAUCCUUCGGUCUCCCUCCCCCGACACGCUGUGGGUAAGUUUAAUUUACGCACACUCGGGGAAGGGGAUCAGAGGGGUGGGGGGCGGCUGGGACCAUUGGGGGGUGCAGGAGCCCCUGAGGCAGAAACCCAGGUGGGCCCUGCAACCCCCCAGUCUGCCCUGGAAAGCCCUAUCAUUUCCAUGACCCUUUCUGAUAAAAUGACUUAUGGGUUUUGGGAUUAGCUAUCAAUAUGGAUGCUGCAAGAAAAUGAGAGAAUGUUAAAAGUAAAGAUUAUUUUUUGGACACUAAGAAACUCACUUGCGUAAUUAGUUCCUUCAAAUCCCCACACCUCUUUAUUUCAUAUGAUUUGUUUUCUAGCUGCUUCAUUUUAAUGCUUUAAAUAAAUAUCCUUUUUUACUGAAAAUCACUUAAACAUAAAAUAACCCAGCUUAGUUACCAUCAAAUACAAGGUACUGUUUUUUUUACUAUAGAUGGGAAAAAGAAAUCAUUUUUAAAGUUUAAAUUAUUUCCUUGUAAUGAGCUCUAUGGGAUAUGGCUAUUAUUUAAUUUAAAGCUUUCUGCAUAUCUUCUCCCAUACCUGUACCUGUGCUUUAUCUUAUAGCAUAUCUUUUUCAAUCUUUAAAUUGAAUGGUUGAUAAGCACUAAGUACUAUCUUUGUGACUAUGACUCCUAAUGUUACUAUUAGCACACACAAUAAAUGACUGAAUUGUUUAGACAUGCCCAUAAAACAUUGUCAUCUGUACUGAUUGUGAAAAUUCAUAUGCCUUGUAAACAAUGUUCAGUAAAGAAUGUAAUAAAAUUCAUUAAUGGAAAAAA